AUUUGUGCUAACAGAGGGAACUGUUACGUACCUUUUUUUUUUUUUUUUAGGCAUUUGAAGUUUAUAGUAGUGGUGGCAUGUCCAGGUAGUUUCUAUUAUGGAAACAUCUUAGAAAUCAAUCAUUUCCAAUUAUUUUAAGCAGUCAAUUUUAGAUUUAUAUGAAAAUUGUGUUUUAACUUCUGACUGGUAUUGUUUGUAGCAUCUCCCUGUGAUCCCACUUUUCUUCUGGGUUGUGUUCCCUGUAAUGUCAUCAGCUCCAUCAUUUUCCAGAAUCGUUUUGAUUACAGGGAUCAGAAAUUUCUAACCUUGAUGAAGUAUUUUAAUGAAAACUUUGAAACUGUGAGCACCCCCUGGAUACAGCUCUACAAUGCUUUCCCCUUUUUACGAGUUCUCCCAGGAAGUCAUAAUGUGAUAUUUAAAAAUUAUGCUCUCCAAAGAAGUUUUAUUUUGGAGAAAGUAAAAGAACAUCAGGAGUCUCUGGACAUCAAUAACCCUCGAGACUUUAUUGACUAUUUUCUGAUUCGAAUGGAAAAGGAAAAACACAAUAAAGAGUCUGAAUUUACCAUGGACAACUUGGUUGCUACUAUAUGGGAUAUGUUUAGUGCAGGAACAGAGACAACAAGCACCACAAUGAGAUACGGACUGUUGCUCCUGCUGAAGCACCCUGAGAUCUCAGCUAAAGUGCGGGAAGAAAUUGAUCAUGUAGUCGGCAAAAACCGAAGUGUCUGCAUGCAGGACAGAAGCCGGAUGCCCUACACGGAUGCCGUGGUGCAUGAGAUCCAGAGAUAUAUUGACCUCAUCCCCACUAGUGUGCCCCGUGCAGUGACUCAAGACAUUCGGUUUAGAGAAUACCUUAUUCCAAAGGGCACAACAAUCUUAACAGAUCUGACUUCUGUCCUGUACGAUGACAAGGAAUUUCCCAAUCCAGAGAAGUUUGACCCUGGCCACUUCCUGGACGAAAGUGGCAACUUUAAAAAGAGUGAUUAUUUCAUGGCUUUUUCAGCAGGAAAAAGAAUUUGUGCUGGAGAAGGCCUGGCCCGCAUGGAGCUGUUUUUAAUCCUGACCACCAUUUUGCAGAAUUUUACCUUGAAACCUCUGGUUGAUCCAAAGGAUAUUGACACCACCCCAGUUCACAAAGGCUUUGGCACUAUACCACCCUUCUAUGAGCUUUGUUUCAUCCCAGUCUGAUGAAGUGUCUAGCUGCUAGAUUGCAGAGCAAGGCUGUUCAGUCCCAUGUGAAAAAUGCAGAUGUUUCCUUGCCUGUGUGUCAACCAUUAUCUCCUCCUAUCUUAAUAGGAGGAAGGCCAUCUCUGAGCCCUAUCUCUUUUGAUUGUAUCCAUCCUUCAAAAUCCAUUCCAAUUUUCCCUGUAUGAAAGAAAAUUUAUUGUUUCAUUUCCAAUAAAAUUAUGUUUGUAACACAAUCUUAAGAUCAUACGCUACAUUUUAUCUAUAGUCAUAUGAAAUGGAAAGCACCCUAUAAAUGCCAUAUUUUGCUUUGCUACCACAAAUGAGAAAUCAGAAAUUAUUGUGUGAGAUUUUUAAAAAAUGUUGAAAGUAUUAAAACAUGAGCUUUAUUAAUCUCUCACUCCUAUCUACCUGUCUAGGCAAAUGAUCUCUUGACAGAUUAGCUUGUAUACUUUCUUUUUUCCCCCAGUGGCUAUUAAAAUAUAAUUACAUGUACAUAUA